UUCAUGAUAGGUCACUAGAUCCAAAUAAUUUUAAAGCACUGUUUAUUGUCAAUAUACGUCAUCUCACCAGUCAGCAAAGAGAGGCUUUUCAAACCCAUUUUAAUGCAAGAGAUCUUGGUGCUUUGAAAGACUCAGACACUUUAAUGGCCAUUUUAGAAGUAAAGAAGGUUGUCAUGAUAACAGCUCAAAUACUUGUCAAUGCGUUGGAGAAGAAAGACGUCGACUUAUCCUAUUUUGACUUUUUGAUUUUUGAUGAAUGCCACCACACAACACUCAACCAUCCAUAUAACACUAUAAUGCGUAAUUAUCUAUUGAAAAAGAAAGAAGGAACCAGCCGGCUGCCUUUCAUUCUCGGACUGAGUGCUUCCCUUGGUGUUGGGUCAGACGGUGAUGCUGCCAAACACAUCAUUACACUGUGCGCCAACAUGGAUGCAACAUGUGUUUCACACGUCCGUGAAAAUCUAGAAGAUCUGGAACAGCAUGUGCACACUCCAGAGAGUGACAAGAUAUGUAGAGUGAAUCCUCGUCCAAAAGACGACCCAUUCAGAAAAAUCAUUGAGGAGAUUAUGCUAGAUCAGGAAUGCACGCAUGUUGGGGAAGCCCCACAUGAUAAAGGAAGUCAGGAAUAUGAAAACUGGAUUAUUCAGUGUAGGAUGACUGCAGAAAAAACCCACAAUCAUACAGAAACUGUUAUAUGCAGGUAUCUGCAGGCUUUCAAUGAUGCACUUAUGCUCUAUGAAAAUCUUAGAGCAAUUGAUGCCCUCGAAUGUAUAGAUAACCAUUUUGAUGAUCGUUCUAUCGCUGUUGAUUUCAUUAAAGCUGAGGAAUAUCUAAGAAGUGAAUAUGAGCUCAAUCAUCAGCAAAAAUUAAUGAAAAUUACUAAAAAGGAAACUACUAAUGAUUGCCCGAAGCUAAAGAAGCUGGUGGAACUUUUGAAAUCUAUUUUUGGAAGAAAUAAGUCAUCUAAAGGAAUAAUUCUAUGUCGUACACGGAAAAUUGCAAAGGGUCUGAAGUUGUUUUUGGAGCAAGAAUCAUCUCUCGUUUCUGAGUGCAUUAAAUGUGAUUGUUUAGUUGGACAAGGCAAAGCCGAUAUGAAAGACACUAUGACGGAAGAACAACAGGCCAAAGUUCUCAAACGCUUCAAAGAUGGAAAAAUCAACAUCCUGGUAGCAACAGACAUUGCACAGGAGGGUCUGGACAUGCCAGCUUGUAAUGUGGUUAUUCGAUUUAACUUUGUAAGCAAUGAAAUUGGUACAGUGCAGUCCAGAGGGCGUGCUCGAGCUUCAGGAGAAUGCUUUCUAAUUGUUGAAAGGGGUUCACGAAAUGAGAAACAUGAAGAAUCAAACAGGGAAAAAGUUCAAAGAAUGAAUGAAGCUUUGUUGAAUGUUGAUCAUAAAUCAGAAGAAGAGUUUAAAGAAGAAGUGCUUAAACGACAGAAUGAACUGAUAGAGAAAUAUGAACAAGAGCUGUUAAAAAAUAAAGAAACCCAGCUGUUGGACAGAGCUGCCGAUGUCCAGGUGCUUUGUAAGGAAUGCUCUGUAUUCUUGUGCCUUGCUUCUGAUUUAUGUGAACGUGGUUGUCACAUUACCUGUGACAAUCUAGAAUUCAGAAAGAAAAUCAGAGAGUUCAAGAAGAAAAAUUGUGAUGAAUAUAGAGAUACAAUUAACAUGGGAACAAUUAAAUGUGCUGAAAGCAAUUGUGGACAGCCACUUGGUAUUCUUGUUCUAUUUAAAGGCAGUACAGACCACAAAGGAUACGGACUGAAGGCACAAAGCCUUAAAUUUAUGAAUCCAAAGAAACUUGUUAAUCAGACAUGGACAAUCAAGAAGUGGAAGAAGAGAACAUUUGAAAUUAAACAAUUAUAAUUAGCCUAAACAUAAACAUCCAAUAACACAUCGAAACACACGCACAUUUACCCACACAUCCAACAACAAACAAACCCACCAGAAAACACAUCCAACUACAAACACAUCAAACAAAGAAAACACAUCCAAUAACAAACACAUCCAACAACAAACACAUCCAACAA